UUAAAACACUUUAAGAACUUAUAUGACUAUUAAUUCAUACUUUAAAUGCCAAAAUACGCCUUUUAUGUAAAAAUUCAGACCCCAAAAAUAUGCAAAAGAAUGAUUCUCUUCUAUGUGCAUAAAGUAUUACCGUACUUUAUGUUGAUAUCAGGAAGCUUAAAAUUCUAUGAUUUAUCUAUAUUUAUUGUUUUCUUGUAGGCAACGGUAGUUCGAAUAUGCUACUGAAGGUUGUUAUUGGCUUAUCCCUUGGAGUAGCUGGAAUUUUAAUCAUCUGUGCGUUCAUUUUUUGUUUCAAGAAGAUUCCAUCAGUUUCGCCAAUAAUUUUCGUACAAAAGAUCACAAAGAAUAAUCAAGAUCUCGAGGCCUUUCUCAAAAAUCAUGGACCUCUCACUGUAAAAAGGUAUAACUUUUCAGAAGUGAAAAAAAUGACCAAUUUGUUCAAAGAUAAACUUGGUCAAGGAGGUUAUGGCAGCGUGUACAAAGGAAAGCUAUAUGAUGGUCGUCUUGUAGCAGUGAAAGUCUUGAAUGUAUCUAAAGGAGGAGGACAAGAAUUCAUCAAUGAGCUUGCCAGCAGUAGUAGAACUUCUCAUAUUAAUGUUGUCACUCUCUUGGGGUUCUCUUUUGAGGGUAAAAAAAGAGCUCUCAUUUAUGAGUUUAUGCCAAAUGGAUCUCUUGACAAGUUCAUAUGCUCUAGAAGUCCUUUGAAGAGUAGUGACAAGCAUUUGGGAUGGGAAACUAUGCAUCAAAUUGCUAAAGGAAUAGCUCAAGGACUUGACUACUUACACCGUGGGUGCAACACAAGGAUUGUGCACUUUGACAUAAAGCCUCACAACAUUCUUCUUGAUGAAAAUUUUUGUCCCAAAAUUUCUGAUUUUGGGCUUGCAAAAUUAUGCACAAGAAAGGAUAGUAUUGUAUCCAUGUUAGAAGCUAGAGGAACUAUUGGAUAUAUAGCUCCAGAAGUGUUCAGCAGAAACUUUGGUAGAGUUUCAUCCAAAUCUGAUGUUUAUAGCUACGGUAUGAUGGUUUUAGACAUGGUUGGAGGUAGAGAGGAAGAUGUUGGAGCAGAUCAUACAAGUGAGAAAUAUUUUCUACAUUGGGUUUAUAAACGACUUGAGCAAGGCAAUAAAUCUAAAUUUUAUGGUGAGAUUUCCAUUGAUGAGAAUGAAAUUGUUAGGAAAUUGACAAUGGUUGGCCUAUGGUGUAUUCAAACAAUUCCGUCAGAGAGACCAUCCAUGAGUAAGGUGAUAGAAAUGUUGAAAGGAAGCACAGAAGCCUUAAACAUCCCACCAAAGCAUUUUUUAUGUUGUCCUCAAAAACCUACAUCGUCCUCUUUUACCAUAUCAAUGACAUAAUGUUGAAACACUAAUAAUUUUUCUUUUUGGAGCAUUAAUUAGACAUAUUGGGGUAAACUUUCUCAAUUUAUAAAUUUAUAAUGCGUUUAUUUUU